GUGUUCGUUGAAAUGAACGCCAAUCAACUUGCAUGACUUUAUGCGCUCUAGUUCGUGUUCGUUGACAAAUAUUCUAGGUUCAUAAUUUUCCAAUUGGUGGACUCUUGACAUUUGUUGAGUUGAGAAAAGCAUUGCUUUCGUCUUCUUAUGGUUUAAGGCAAGGCUGCUAUUACUUGACCAGUCGUUGAGUUUUUUCAUUGAAUCAGAUAUGGUUUCUCUACAUCUAUGAAUAUGUUUGACCUUGGCAUGCUCAUAGAUUGUUGUGUCGUCAGCAUAUUGAUGGCUUUUGGCGUCGAUAAUUUCUUGAAGGUCGGCAACGUAUAUAUUAAAUAAAACCGGCCCCAAUAUCGAUCCUUGUGGUACGCCGAAAUUAACAUUUGUUGUAUUCGAUCUAAUAUCAUCAAUCUGAACGUACUGUUUACGAUGUGAGACAUAAUUUAGUGUCCAUGUAAGAAAAUCCUUGCAGAAGCCCAGUUUGCUCAUUUUCGAGAUGAGAUUUUUAAAACGGAUCGUAUCGAAAGCUUUCGAGAAAUCAGCGAAGAUCAUCAUCGUGACUUCUCCACGACUCAUUGCUUUCGUGAUGUCAUCUCGUAUGGCUUGCAUGACCGUUGUGGUGGAUUGGCCCUUUCGAUAUGCAGAGAUGGUACUACUCAGUAAUUUGUUAUCAUCGAUGAAUUUGGAAAGCUGGCGAAAGAUUAGGCGUUCAUACACUUUCGACAGUACUGGCAAGAUUGAUAUAGGCCGCAGGUCAUUUUCAGAGGUGAUUUGCUUAACCUUUGGGAUUGCGCAAAUACGCGCAAUCUUCCACGCGGACGGAAAGCUUCGAUUCGCGAUACAGGUGUUAAUGAUAUCGGUUAAUGGAGAACCCAAAUAUUCGGCCACAAUUUUGAUCAUUUUUGCUGGAAUGUGAUCUGGUCCUGUGGAACAGUCUCCUCGUAGACAACGUAUUUCAUUUACAACUUCGCCCAGUGUGACAGGAUUUAUAUGGAAGCCAUUGUCGUAGUCUGAGGGAAGCGAAUCGAUCAUGUUUCUUAUAGUGUCGUAACUGUUGUUAUUAUCAUUGACGUCAGUGCCGAUUGUACGUUCUGCCGUUGAAGUAAAAUGAGAAUUGAGUUUGUCAGGGUGGAAGGUGAUCCUACGCGGCUCUGGGUGCAAGAUGCGAUGUAUUACUUUCCAUACUUCCUUGGGUUUCUUAGAAGAAAGCAUUUUUUGCGUGAAUUUCUUUUUAGCAGUUUUAAUUAAUGCUUUGAGGCGGUUGCGAGCUGAACGAAAUAGUUCCCACGCUUGGGAAUCCUUACUUCUUCGAGCACUGGCUCGGAGAACGUUUCUUUGCUCCUGUAGAUCUUGGAUGGUAGGAUCUUUGAGCCAUGGUGCUGGGGGUCUCGUGAUCUUGGUUCGUCUUAGCGGCGCAUGUCUUUUAUCUAUGUAUGGGUCUAUUUCAGUAUCAGCGGUUAGUUUUCGGUGUGACGUCAAGCCCAGCAAUUUUGCAACGUGCCAUGGACCAGGUGUUACAGGGUAUACCUGGAACACAAUGUAUCCUUGAUGACAUGAUAAUUACCAGAAAUUCCAAUGAAGAGCACUUAGAACGGUUAGCGAAAGUCCUAAAGCGAUUACAAGAGGCAGGUCUGAGAGCGAACAAAGAGAAGUGUGAAUUCUUCAAGGAGAAAGUUGUGUUUUGUGGCCAUGAAAUUGAUGCCAAUGGUUUACACAAAACCCAAGAGAAGAUCGAGGCAGUAGUGAACGCUCCUAGGCCCGAGAAUGUGUCACAAGUUCGAUCCUUCCUAGGACUUGUAAAUUACUUUAAUCGGUUUCUCCCCAAUGCAGCUUCAGUUCUUCACUGCAUCCACUCAC